AUGAACGACACAGUGGGGUUUAUCGGCCUCGGGGCCAUGGGAUAUGAGAUGGCCGUGAAUGUGCGGAAGAAGAUGGCUCGCACGUCCUUGCUGUUGAUCAACGAUGUCAACCGCGAAGCUUGCGAUCGGUUCAUUCAGGAGCUGAACAGUUUCGGUCCGAUCAAGUUCUUGUCUUCAGCGCGGGAAGUCGCAGAGGAAGCGGGAUCCAUUUUGUCCAUCGUUCCGGCUGCAGACCAUGUCAAGAAAGUCUAUAUCGAUCCGGUGACCGGCGUGAUCGCCGCGCGCAAGAACGCGGCGAGGCUGAUGCUAGAAUGCAGUACCAUCGAUGUCGAGGCUACAAAGGAUGUUGGGCAACAGCUAAAGAAAGCUGGCGCUGGCAAUUAUAUCGAUACCCCGGUCUCUGGAGGGGUACCUGGUGCAACUGCUGGCACCCUAGCCUUCCUGAUCGGGACUGCAAAAAACGAUACGGAUGUUGAGCAAGAGACUCGCAUGGAAAACUUGUUGAGAAUGAUGGGCUCUCCCAAGAAAUUCUUUUAUUGUGGCCAAUUAGGCGCUGGGCUUGCGGCCAAGAUCUGCAACAACUACUUGUCGGGAGUCAUUCUCCUCGCGUCGGCAGAGGCGAUGAAUAUUGGUAUUCGCCAGGGUAUUGACCGUAAGUUGCUGUACCAAGUCGUCCACAACAGCACGGGGCAGUCAUGGAUGUUUGACAAUGUCAAUCCAGCACCGGGCACCGUUGACCAUGCGCCAAGUAGCCGGGACUACCAAGGGGGAUUCAAGGCACAAAUGAUGGUGAAAGACAUGACGCUUGGAGUGGACGCAGGGGCGGCCACUGGCGUGAGAACAUCGACAGGUUCCGCAGCGCUAGCGUUGUACAAAGAAGCAGUGACAGAUGCCAGAUGUAUUGACCGUGACGUGAGUGUCGUAUAUAGAUUCUUAGACGGGCCUGAGUGA